CCAACCCAAUCAAUCCGGCCGCGCCGCGACCCAAUCCAUCCACCACAGAUCGACCCCCCACCACGUCUCGUGCUCGAGGUCGGGGGCGGGGGCUCGCUCGGCUCGAUCCAUGGCCUCGGACCAAACCCUCCCACUCCCACCGCUACUCCUCCCGUCCAGCCCCAACCCCAACCAGAAACUCCCCAUCAAGCGCCGCUCCCCGCCGCGCCCCUCCUCCUCGCCCUCCUCCUCCGCCGGCGCCGCCUCCUCCGGCCAGGGCCAGAACCCGCCCUUCAAGUUCCAGCGCAUCUGGUCCGAGUCCGACGAGCUGCGCUUCCUGCAGGGCCUCCUCGGCUGCGGCGCGCAGGGCCUCGUCUUCCCGCGCGACCUCAACGUCUUCUACGACCGCUUCUCCGAGUCCAUGCCGCAGCCCUACACCCGCUCCCAGCUCUCCGAGAAGCUCCGCCGCCUCAAGAACAAGCACCGCAACGUCGCCUCCCGCGUCGCCAGGGGCCUCGACCCCGCCCGCCUCGCCCCGCACGACCGCGACGUCCUCCACCUCUGCUCCCGCCUCUGGGACCCCGCCAACGCCGCCACCUCGCCCUUCGCCGCCGCCGCCGCGCCCGCCAGCUCCUCGGGGAACAAGCGCCGCCGCUCCAACCCUGCCGUCGUGCCGCCGCAGACGCUCGACGUCCCGGCCCCCUCGGGGGACAGCAACUCCCAUGGAUACAAUGGGAUCGGUUCCUCCACCCCUGGCGCCACCGCCUUCCCCGAUGAGAACGGCGCCGAGGAUGUGAUGUAUCUCGAGCAGGAGAGCGGGCAUCACCUCUAUUUCGACGACGGCGCUGCCUUUGUUGCCGACGGCAACCUUGAUGGGAUUACAUUGGACGGGAUUGCGCUGGACCAGGCUGAGACCAUGGCUGUUCUCACCGAUGUCGGUGACAAUGGAGUUGUUGCCGGUGACAAUGGGGUUGUUGGCAACGAUGCAGCUCCCCAAAAUGCUGUGAACAAUGGAGGUAACAGUCAGAACGGUAACUGCAAUGUAUUGCUGCCGCGUAGCAGCGAGCAUCGGAUGGCAAGGGCCGUGCUGGAUGUAUUUGAGGAGUGUUUGAGAGAGGCAAAGGCCGAUGGAAUAGUCAAUGGUGGCAAUGCCCAGGAAAGCGAACUCGCCAGGCGAUGGAGGGCGCAGAGGAUUGAUGAGCUUGAUGUGUUGAGCCGAAGGCUCAGGUUGAUCAUUGAGGAUGCUACUGCCGCUGGGCACUAAAUGAGAUGUAUCCGAUGACGUGCUUCCACCCUUUGCCGCCAUGUAUAGAAAUCAGGUUAUUAUGCAUGCUAUGUUUUUGUAGCGCAUUGCUCAGCUUGAGCCUUGCUUUAGCCGCUCUAGUUACAAUUUAUGCCUAUGUGACAUUGCUAUGGAUAUUGUUGUUUCGUUUAAUAAUUUAAUCACUCGAUCGUCUUAAUAAUGCCUUGUGAUUCCAGCAUUGUUGUUUA